AUGAAGCGAAUGCGCUUUGCAGAUCAUCCUAAGAAGAGUGAAGGUGUUAAAGCCAGCAGUCCAAAAUGGAGAAUAAAUCUACAGAACCACGACGGGACUGCUGUGAAAGGAAUUCAAGGAGAGUUAGUCGCGGUGUUUAACAGAGGCUUUGCCAUCUUGCAGGAGUACUCGCUCUUCACCGUAAAGACCAAGAUGAACGCAUUCGCCGUGUACCUUUCUACGCAGUUUCCUAUACAAGCUCAUUUGAUGUCAUUCAGUCAGACAGAGCACCAGAAACGAUCUUUUAUUAAUAUGAUGUUGCGAGAAUUUCCUACUAGAGACUUCGAGAACUGGGCAAAGUGCGAGCAGCUACUUCCACAAGUCAAUUUUCUCUAUCACAUGCAGCCAUCUACUGUGGAACUGUCAAUCGCAUGGGCGCAGACGCUUUCCAACGCUGCAUGGUACCUAUGGAAGACGGGAAAAUAUAAAAUGGCACAAGACUUCCUAGUCAAGGCGCUUGCAGUUAUGGAGCUGGUCUUAGAGCCGCAUAACGAGCAAAUGCUGAGCAGUGUUGACAUCAUGGCAGGGGUCAUGUCAUCUCAGGGGAGAUACAGCCAAGCAGAAGAGCUCCAUUGGCAAGCACUAAAAGGAUUCAAAAAGGAUUUGGGUUACACCAUCCCUUCACUCUGA